AUGGGAAUAGACCAUGAGAGAGUUUUGAAUAUGGACUAGGUAAACUUAAGUCUCAUGAAUUGUAUGCUCUGUAAAUAAAUUCUAAAUAACCCUUGCAUGUGUGGUGUUUGCAAUUCUCACUUUUGCUACGAAUGCCUCAAAGAUGAACUCAAAUAAGAAGAUAUAAGAAAAUAAUCUCAAGCAGUUCAAGACUAAGAAAAUAUCAUAAUUGUUAGAUGCUAAUUCUGCACUCAUACUGAUAAAUUAGCUAAUAUUAGAAGACAUGAGAGAAAAUGUGAGCAUCGAGCUUCACCUAUGAAAUUUGCAGAUUAAAAAGGGCAAGCCACGAGUAAUUUGAACUAACUAUCAAAUGGAUACGGGAACUUUGAAUCAAUUCUAGGAUCUGAAAUGAGCUAAGAAUUAUAGCCAGAUUAUCCUGUAAAUGAAAUUAAACUAAAAUAUGACCAGUUUUAAGGAAAUACUUAAAGUAGAAAUCAGAAUCUGAUCAAGUAAGAAAUUAAGAUACCUUCAAUGAAAACUAUUCAAGUAACAAUUCCUGAAAAGAAAUUUCAAUACCUUCCUUCUUUUUAAAGAGCUGAAGAGGAAAUGAAAGAUAAUGUAAAUCAUUUAAGGAAUAGAUUUAUUUUCAAUAAUCUUAAGGUUCAGUAAACACUUCAAGAACUUAGUCAAAAACACUCUAGAGAGAGCAAUAUUAGUUCAUAUUCAAGCAAACCACACAAUCCGUAUUUGAGGCAAGUGCUGACCUAAAAUAUAUUUAACUCAAAUAACCAUCCAAUAAAAAUCCAAUAACAAAAUAGUCAAAUUCGUUAAACACCUAAUAAAACUUUUGAUGCAAGUUUUUCGAAAUUUUAGAAUGGCUAUUAAGAUAAUGCAAACCAACCUAUUGGAUAUUAAAGCAUACUCGAUAAAUACUAAAGUAAAAAUUUAUAUACUGAUGUUAUUCUGAAAGAAUUAUAUCAAACAAGAUUGCAACUUCAACAAAUGCAACAAAAGAUUGAUAAUCAGCAAAAUAGCAUGAUUAUGAGUCCUGUUUAUGAGAAGUAAUAUACAGUUAGUUUGACCUAGCCACCUGCUUCUUACAGUGUCCCUGCCUAUCAGAAUGAAUCGUUUUAAAAUCCUUUGCUAAAUAAUAAGCUUUCGUUUCAAACGGAUGUCCAUGGAAAUAUUGACUAUGAAAAUGUUCGAUACGACUAAAAGUUAGAAUAACUUUUUGGGAAAUUACAUGCUAAAGGAUUAUAAUCACAUUCUCCUGGAUAUUUAAGACCAAUGCCUUAGUAGAAUAUCUCAAUAAACAUGAGAGAAGAUAUGCUUCCUUCAAAUUCAACUUUGGUAUCUUUUCAUUCAGGCUAUGAACAACAAUGA